CUCCAGGCCCAAGACAGGCCUCGGAGCCCCUGCUUGGGGGGACGGGCGCCGCUCAGGAGGGCGAUGCCGCUGGCGGCCUGGCGGCCGGCUUGAGGGGCGCUGGCACGGGCCGCCGCGGAGCCGGCGGCGCGGCAAGAGACGCCCCGCCCGGAUGGGCGCCCGCAGGGGCCGCUGAGCCCCGCCGCCCCGGGGCCGCCAGCCGGCCCCGAGCUCCACCGGCGGCGGCGGGAGAGGCUCCGCGAUGCUGCGACGCCGGGCGGUGCCUGGUGGUGGCGCGGCCACCCAGGCGCCAGCGGCGGCAGCGGCCGAGAGGGAGGGCACCGCCCUGACGGCCGAGUCCAUCUGGGUGGUGCCGUCGGCGAAGGCGGCGGCGGAGGCGGGCGAGGGUGCCGCUGGCGGGCGGCAGGCCGCCGAGGGGGCCCAGACCGCCGAGGAGGAGCCAGCGCCACCCGCGGCCCGGCCGGAGCUAUCGCCGUGGGCGGAGGAGGCCCUGUCGCGAAGGCGCUGCGCGCAGCUGGCGGAGUCCGCUGGGCUGGCGCCGUCGGGCGCGCCGCUGUGUGCCGCCCUGGCCGACAUCUGCACGAGCGGCCGCUGCGACGCGGUCGCGGUGGUGUACCACCCGAGCGGCCGGCGCGAACCAGUAGAGCUGGCGCGCCCGGAGGAGAGCUGACGGGGCUGGAGCCCGAGGCGGUGAUGACGCGGUUGCUGGCUUUGGCGCGCGGCGACGAUACGACCACCAG